GGCGGAGUCCAGGAGGGUGCCGGCCAAGGGAGGGGGCGCGGCGUCCGUGAAGUCCGGCGCUCCCGCAGGCCGAGGAGGCGAUGCUGGCUUCUGCGGGGCAGGCGGCUGGACAGACCGGGAUGUGACGGGACUGCCCCUCGCCUCUCUCCCAUCCUCGGGCGGGCAGGUCGCUGGGCGACCGGCAGCCGGGCCGCGGCCGAGGAGGCAACGCGACCUCCGCACGAUUCUGUCAAGUUUUAAGAACCAAUGCACCUUAUAGCCCAUGGAAGAAAAAACACAAAUCAAGACAUUUUUGGGUUCCAAGCUGCCGAAAUAUGGAAUGAAAUCUGUGAGAAGUACAUUGCAGCCGAUGCCAAAUGGGACCACUGUGACUUUAUUAGGGACCUCCAAGAGUAGUAAUGUCAAAAGUUACAUAAAAAAUAAUGGCUCUGAUUGUGCAUUGUCCCAUUCAUUUAAUUGGAGAAAACCAAAUAAAUAUCAACUUGGUUCACAAAAUACAGCAGAACUUAAUAAUAUUCAAAGUACACAUGAUAAACUAAUUGAUUCUGAACAACAUGCACCUGCUCCAGGAACGCUGGAUGGGCAUGGGAUAAAGGGAGGUUUGAAAAGUGCUUCCUUGUUCACAUCCAAGUUAGCAAGACCAUCAACCAUGUUUGUGCCAUCGGCAGAAGAGUUAAGUCAAAAAUCUUUUUCUGGACCAUCUAAUUUGGGUAAAUUUACCAAAGGCACAUUACUAGGAAGGACUUCAUAUUCUUCGGUCAAUGCGAAGUCACAUUUGAAUGCGUUUUAUGGGAACAGAUCCCCUAGUAACGUGCAGAAGCCAAGAGUGAACUCCUGUGCCAGCAGAAGUAGUUCUGGAGAAAGCUUAGCACAGUCCCCAGACAAUGCUAAAUCUAUCACUUGUGAAAAAAUGGUAAGGUCACAAAGUUUUUCACAUUCCAUUCAGAAUGUCUUCCUUCCACCUUCAUCUAUAACCAGGUCACAUUCCUUCAACAGAGCUGGAGACCUUACAAAACCUUAUCAGAACCAACAGCUCCCCGUUCGAGUGCCUCUCCGGUCAGGUAUGCUAACAAGAAGUUCUCUGCAGUCAGAAGUACUCAAUGGGAACGAACACGUGGGGUUUGGUUUUAAUAGGCCUUAUGCUGCUGCUGGAAAGAAACUGGCUUUAUCCAAUGGCCCAGGUGUCUCGUCCACUUUGGUUUAUAGGAUGGCUCAUCCCCCUCUACUGAAAUCUAGCCGACCUCCAUUUUCUGGGCCCAUGACAGUUGAUAGUAAUAAAAAUCCACCUGCUGACAUGUGCGUAGAGGAAGAAGGUAUGGUUUCAGCCCAGGACAGCUCUCCGGGUAAGGACCAAGAACUAAUUGAAAAUGAAAGUUACCGAAGAGACAGUGAGCAGACGGUGAAGAACGAGUCUAAAGUUAGGUACCUGAGUGAUGAUGUGGAUGAUAUCUCCCUGUCGUCCUUGUCAUCUUCCGAUAAGAAUGAUUUAAGUGAAGAUUUCAGCGAUGAUUUCAUAGACUUGGAGGACUCCAACAGAGCUAGAAUAACGCCAGAGGAAAUGACGCUCAAAGAAGAAAAGCAGGAGAACAGACCAUCAAAGGAUGUAUUUGAUUCUCCUAAGGAAAGUGAACAAAUCUUCAGUAAAGCUGAUGAAUGGAUAGAUAUAAGUGUCUCUGACAGGAGUGAAUGUACAAAGCAUACAUCUGGAAACAACUUGAUUUCACCGGAUACGGAUUACAGAGCUGGGUCUUCAUUUGAACUCUCUCCGUCCGAUAGCUCUGAUGGAACGUACAUGUGGGAUGAAGAGGGCCUGGAACCCAUUGGGAGCGUCCAUCCUGUUGGCAGCUAUGAGUCCUCUGAAAUGAACAGUAUAGAUAUUCUGAAUAACCUUGAGUCGUGUGACCUUGAGGAUGAUGACCUUAUGUUGGAUGUGGAUUUGCCGGAGGAUGCGCCUCUUGAAAAUGUGGAGUGUGACAAUAUGAACCGCUUUGACCGAACAGACAGAAAUGCACGACAGUCGCAGGACGGAUUUUGGAAAAGGCCACCCCAGAGGUGGAGUGGACAGGACCAUUACCACCUUAGCCAUCCUGAUCACUACCAUCACCAUGGAAAAAGUGACUUGAGCAGAGGCUCUCCUUAUAGAGAAUCUCCUUUGGGUCAUUUUGAAAGCUAUGGAGGGACCCCCUUUUUCCAGGCUCAGAAGAUGUUUGUAGAUGUGCCAGACAACACAGUGAUCCUGGAUGAGAUGACCCUCCGGCACAUGGUCCAGGAUUGUACCGCUGUAAAAACACAGUUACUGAAACUCAAGCGUCUGUUACACCAGCAUGACGGAAGUGGAUCAUUGCAUGAUGUUCAGCUCUCAUUGCCAUCCAGUCCAGAGCCAGAAGACGGUGAUCAGACAUAUAAGAAUGAAGAUUUACUAAAUGAAAUAAAACAACUUAAAGAGGAUAUAAAGAAAAAAGAUGAAAAAAUCCAACUAUUAGAGCAGCAGCUUGCAACCCGAUGUAACUGUCACCAGAAAUCUAAAGAGGAAAAGUGUACAUAUGCUGAUAAAUAUACCCAGACACCCUGGAGGAGGAUGCCUGGUGGGUAUUGUGCACCCUCCUUCUCUCCUUGGCAGGGCUCCUUCCAGGGGAUGCCACGGACUGUACCACCGCACCGCAGACAGACCUCAAGUACUACAGCCUUCCAGCAGCCUUCCCAGAUCUACAGACCACGCCCAGGGAAAACUAAUAAAGCCACAACGUAUCGAGGCCCACAGUGACUACACAGUUCAAGGCGUGUGUCCAGGUGGUGCACAUCCAGAUGGAAGCUGUACACAUGGCUUGCAACAAGACAACAGCCGUGGUUUGCAAGAGCGUCCUUCUUCGUCAAGCCCGCAGUUGACAGUGGAUGUGGUGAAGUACAUACCUUCUGAAACGGACCUGAGCAUGACUCUGGAUGCUCAAGAGCCUCAUCAUUUGGCAGAGAAAAAACCUAGUGACAUGCAGUUUGUAACUCCUCCUCCUCAGACCCCUUCCCAGUCAAGUACAGUGGACCAGACUAAGAGGGGUGGAAGAAACCAAUGUCCUCAGCCCAAGUCCUUGCAGCUUUUAAAGCCAUCCAACUUGAGUUCUUUGACACCUCCUCCAGAUUCUGACUCAUCACCAAGUAGAACUUCCACAUGUAAGAAGGCACCAGGAACCACACCAUGCAACUCAAAGCAUCAGCCAACAUCGAAUCAAAACAAUCCUGCAAAUCAUUUGAAUCUGAAAGCGUCUAAACUCCGUCCCCCUUCUGGCUCUUUCAAGCAAAAACAAAUAAGUAAUCCCCAAGUAGAGCCUCAGAACUUCCAGGCCAAGACAAGCAUCCCAAGGCCAUUAGCACGGCCAAAAGAACUGCAUGCUCCACACAGCGGUUUGCAUUCUGGGGAUUGUGUGGCCUCUAAUCGAUAUUCUCGUCUUCCUAAACCAAAGAUACAUUAAGUGCAUAGCCAUCACCUGCCAAUUUGUCUUUUGAAAACAGCCUGCUCUCUAAUAGCUUUAUGUGCAGCUUAUUACUAUGUUGGAGGUUCCAUUUCAGCAAAUCUUAAAUUAAAAUGCAGAAGCUUCUAUUAGUUUGGUUCUUCCAUUUUAUAUCCUGGCUGAAUCACAUGCCAUUUGCACAUACUUGUCUCAGGUAAACACAAGUUUACUUAUCCAUCUCAGAGGCCCAAGUCCCUCCUCAUGCUAUCCAGCCUUCUCUCUACAUACCAGAAAAGUCAAAAUAUUCCAUUUAUCGAUAAGGCAGGAUGUGUACUUGGCUGAUGUAGUCCUGUUGUGGUAUGUAAUAACUGGUUCUCAGACUCUCUCACCGAUGCUUAUUCUUCUUGUGGUACGGCUGCUAUUUUAACUAAAGAUUCAAAGUGAUGAAGGAAGGUAGUGUCUGUAAGCAGGGUUCUGGCCAGGCUUUGUGUAUUUAUGAGGUCUAUGCAAAGGUCCCCAGUGAGGAAAGACCAGGCUUUUAGUGAGGAGUCCUUAGUAGUUUUAUCUCUCCUUUCUAGGAUCAAUGAUCUAGUCCUACUCUUUCUCCAUUUAUCAGACAAAUUCCCAUGCUGACAGUUGUCAUUAUUUUAUGUAAACCAGUUCUAUGUUGCUGUAACAUCUUAUUUUACACACACAUUUACUCUUUGCUUAUAUUGCUACUGGGUAAAUUUGGAGAGCUUGAGAUGCCUAUGGCAUAUCAGUUGUAACCUCUGUUGGUGCUAGAGUUUUGUCCUGGUAAUUGAGUUUUGAAUCUUAUUAACUUAUGGGUCCAUCAUACUACUUUCAAGUUUCCAUAACAUACAUUGAAAAUUUAAAAUUAAGCCUUUUAUAAUAUUUGUAUUUAUUGACUUUUUCCUAGUGUCUGAAGACUAGAAUAAUGGACUUGAGAUAUUUGCACAAAGUUUUGAUGAGAUAUAAAAGAGGGUUUUAAAGCUUAUUUUCUAUAAAAAAUGAGUUAAAACACUUUAAGAGAAAUAUAUAAAUUUGAGACUAUCAUAAGUCACUUUUUGGGUUGCCUAAGUUUCUCUUUUCUGUUGGUGGAAGGUUGAAUGACAGUUUCUUGAAAAGUAGAUUUGGGGGAAAUUAAGUUGUAGGUAGGAAAGAAUACUUUCUUAGGAGAGAUUGCUCCAGAUGUCCUAUGGAAGGUAGCUGUGGGUUAAGAGAGAUUGCUCUAGAUGUGGCUGUGGGUCUCCAAGUGACCAUGUACAGGAACCCAGCUGGGCUUCUCGCAAGCAGUUGAGUGAAUUUACCUCAUGUUUGCCCAAAUCAUGCCAUCUUUAGGCUGGUCAUAAUUUGUUUAAUAAUUCACAGUAAGAUUUCUCAGAAAGAUAACCUUACAGGAUCAGUAUCUGAUUAGCUGACCAAAAAUGCAUCAAAAGGAAUUAUGGCCAAAACAAUUAAAUGUCUACGGCUUCCUUUUUAAAUGUACCUAGGUUACAAAGAGAAACGUGGUAUCAAAUGCAUUAAUGCAGAGUUACAAAGUCACAUUUGCUGCGGUUGGGGGGGGGGCAGUCUUCCCUUAAACGUCAGAACCCCUCAUGUGAAUUUGUCUUUUAGAGAGGCAGACCUUUUUCCAGUUUGGGAACAGACGAGCAUAGUCUCACACCACAGCACGUUAGUCAGAGGGAGCUCAGGACAGUGCUGUGCAUGGGUUAGAUGGUAUCGAGUCAUUGCUGCUGUGGGCAAAAGCACUUCUUCUUCCUUCGUGAAAGUGAGCCAGGUUGGCUACAGGGGUAUAUGCUUUCUCCUUACGGAGAAUGAAAAUGAAUCUCAUGUAUAUCGCACAUCAGCUACAAUCAUACGCUAUUCCCUGCACUAGAACAUACUAAUUAAUGUAUUAGGGUUUUGUUUUUAAUUAGAGACUUUUAUAGACUUUAUGGAAUACUUCUGCAAAUUGGUUUAUCCUUGAAGGAAAGUUGUUUUUUCUUUUAUUAAUUUAUUUAUAACCCACUUGUCUGAGGGAAAUGUCUUUGUUGUCUGUUAUGUUAAAGUGUUGACUCCAAUAAUUUCAUUAUUCUAAUCUUUGGCCCACUUUAAUUUUUUCUCCCUGAUAAAUUUGUAGAAAUAUUUAUCCACCAGUUCACCCUCUCUAUACCUUUGUUGGGCCUUAGUCUUAAUAGAAGAUAGACAGUCUUAUCAAUAUAUUUUGUUCUCCUUGAGAUAAGAGCCUCACACAAUGCCAGGCUGGUCUCUAAAACUUCACUGUGUAGCCAAAGAUAGCCAAAGGAAUUUUGAUCUCCUGCCUGCCUGCCUCCUUCUCCAGAAUGCUGAGAUUACAGGCGUGCACCACCACACCUGGUUUUGUGUGGCACUGGAGACAGAAUCUAGGGCUCAGUGUGUGCUCGGCAAGCACUCUACCAAGUGAGCUACAUUCCCAGCCCUCAUCAGUAUGCCUUUGAAGCAUACUGUGUGCUUCAAAUACACUACCCAGAGAAAAUAUCUAGGAUGCAUUCACAAAUAACAUAGACCAUUGGCCUGCAGUUUUCUGGAAAAGCUGCAAAAAUAUCACCUUGUCUGCUCCUAGUAAUACUAAGCAGUCCAAAUGAGGGCCCAGCACUGCUGAAUAAGAGGUCAUUUUCUCCAUGUGGCUCAUUCUCUUGCAUGCGUGUGUAAACCACAUCAACUCACUACCAACUGUCCUCUGUGGGAACAUAGUUCACUCAUCCUGUUCUGUCAGUGAAGACAGUGGGAGUAGGUGAAGUCUACGUCCCAAGGGUGAGGUUGGUUAAUUUUCACAUGUAUGACAGAGAAAAGAAUACACAGAAUUAUCUACUUAGCUCUUUAACAGGAUGCAUUAAAAAAAAAAAGGCUGUUUUUUUGAGCUAGAGUUCUGCUUGAUCUAAGAUCUUCAUUGGCAUAGGUACAGGUGAUUUCAAGACAUCCAACAAAGGAUUAUAGAGUUGUAUUAUUUGGAAGAUUUCUAAACACUGAGACUUAUCUACCUGUUAUUUUUCUUUUGGGUCUCAUUUUUUAUUCGUGCAGUAUUUUCAGGCACAUCGACUACUGCUCACUGUAUUUAUAUAGAUGUUAGGGAACUUUCUAAGCAUUUUAGUAAGUAAAAAUCUGAGUAUGAAAGAAAAUAUCAGAUACGCACUUUAAAUGAGCUUAAUUGCUUGGAGUCAUGCCUGAAAUAUCAAGGUGCCUCCUCUGGGUGUGGCUUUUGUUUAGUAAAAUGACUAUCUCUGCAGUUGUUGCUGUUUGAAGGUAGCUGUCCAGCUUUUCACAGAACUGUAUCCCAGCAUGCCACUUUGCCCAUGAUCGCACUAAAUUCUCCUUGAAUGUCCAUCAUGCCUUUAAAUAUUUUACUCAGUGUAUCAAGACCACUUGAUGUCACUUCUGAGGUUCCGUGCCGUAGAUGGUGUUCCAGAUGCAGGGGGCUUCCUGGUUUUCCACCAGAGUGGUCCGACCAGUUUCCUGAGGUUGCACUUUGGGGCCCAGUCAGACUGCAGCCCCAUUUCCACUCUCUCCAUCCUCCACAGUAGCUUCCGUGUUGCUGAGUUAGCUUGGGUAGUUACGUUUGCAUGCAUGUGCACACAGUUGAAGAUGAAGUAUAGCCGUAGUAUAAACACAUGGGAUUUUCCUUGGAGAUGAUCACCUGCUCUUUUCCUCAUUCGAAUGCUUGAGUUUUGUUUUCUGUUGGUCUUUCCACAGGUCCCUUUAACUUUCUGCUGCAGCAAUUUGAGAGGAUGUAUUUGAACAAAUGAUUAUGAGGUUCCUAUAAUUAUGUAAUUGAUUAAAGAUUGUGUCUUCACCUUGUUGAAUAAAAGCUGCCCCUUUCUUCCUGGUAGAGCAUUGCCACGAUGAGUCAUGCUGGCCUUGAGAACCUGGUCAUGACUGACUAAAACCAGAAACAGUAUCUGUAGUGUUCUUCUCCCAUUGAUUGUACAAUCCAGUUCAGAGUACAUAAUGUAUAUUAGAAUUUGCCUGUAAAAUGAAGUAUGGAAACCGGAUGUAAAGUCUCUUUCCUGAAAGUGUUGGCUUAGUAAAUAAAAAAUAAAGUUCAUAAUUAUAAAAGUG